AUGCUGGUCGACGUCGGCUUCUGGUGCAAGGACGAAGCGGACCCGCUCGACGGGCGGCCCCAUCCGCGCACGCUCCAGGACGCUGCCUGGUUUUCCGAAAACGUCGGCCUUGCGGCGAUCGUCGUCGACUACCUUCGGACGCAGGGCUGCGUCGAGUCGUACGAGAUGGGCUACAGCUUUUGCCGGCUCGGCGACGCCUGCCCGCCCAAGAGUAUGGGCGCGUGCACGAUGACCGACGGCGUCUACUGCUGGCCAGAAGGCUAUGCGCACUACUUGGACAUACAUUGCGUGCGCCCACCGCAGGAGCUUGUCGACCACAUCCUCGCCCAGCCGCGGAUGCCGAGGCCAUCGCGCCUCUACCUCUGGGACCAUGCGACCCUCGAACGUGUGCCAAUGCCCCUCGCGAUGCAAUCCAUGGUGCUUGCCAACACGACGCUGACGCUGCCAGAGUCAUCGUCGUCGUCGUGUGUGGUCUCAUAG